CGGCGGCAGCGGCAGCAUCAAUGGAGGCGUCGGGAGGAAGCUGAGCUGCCCGGACCCGCGUGGACGCGAGGCAUGGCUCGGCCGCCGGCCAGCGAUGGGCCUCCUGCGGGGGAUCCUUGAGCCCGGCGCUGGAAGAGACGAGAGAGAGUUCCCGCCAGUCUUGCCAUUGGCCCUGCAAAGCCCUGAUCCCGCAAUGGGAAGAAGUUGGGCCGGGUGCUGGUGUUACUGGUCUUGCCAAACCAAGUAUCCGAGAACACAGGAGCUUGAAGAAGAGAGUCCAGGCCGUGCCCGUGAACUGCCCCAACCCUCUCCUUUCCUCCAUUGGGUUCCUUUAGGGGCAAGAACUCCCCCCUCCCUGUGAAAAGCCCAAGUCGGUCCCAGCAUCCAGCCGACCGUUUCCAUGGCAACGGCUGCAGAGCACAUGCUGGAGGCGGCGUGACUGGAAGGGGCUAAGCUGCUGCACGCACACCAAACCGGGACCCAAAAUUGCCCUGCCCUUGACCGAGGUCAUGAAAGUGGUGGCCCCUGGAUGGUAAUGUGGCCUUAAGCCAGGACUUCUGCCAAUUUUUGGAAAAGGCAAGAGAGCAAGAUCGAAGGGAGCAGGGGAGGCUUACAGUCCCAUCAACAUGGCUGGGCAGCAAGGGAUGCAGAGAGAAAGUCAUCUGCAGAAGUAAGCCCGUUUGUACAUCUUUUUGGAAGAAACCACAGAGAAAGAGAGCAAGUCUUCCCUCCAGUCCAACUCCCUGCCCAACUGCACUGAAGAAGACCUUUCGGGUUGAAACCUUCUGCCCCCUUCAGGAGCCAAGAUGGUGAUGUCCCACGGCACCUACACCUUCCUCACCUGCUUUGCCGGCUUCUGGCUUAUCUGGGGGCUCAUUGUGCUGCUGUGUUGCUUCUGCAGCUACUUGCGGCGGCGCAUGAAACGACGGCAGGAGGAGCGGCUGCGGGAGCAGCACCUGCGCACCCUGGAGAUGGAGCCCCUGCACUACGAGGGGUAUGGGGGCCCCGCCUAUGGGGGCCCUGGCUAUGGCGGUGGCUACACCCACCGAAAUCCACCAGGCAUCCCCGUGCCCCACCGACUCCGCAUUGAGCCCCAUCGUCCACACAUCCCACCCCCACGGCCAUGGAGCUGCAGGCAUGGUGUGAUCUCUUCGCUCGUAGACCCGGAUCCAUCCAAGCCCCCCUGCUAUGAGGAAGCUGUCCUGAUGGCUGAGCCCCCACCACCAUACAGCGAAGUCCUGACAGACACACGGGGCUUGUACCGCAAGAUUAACGCCCCCUUCCUGAGCCAUGAUCAGCCGGAGAAGCAGGAGCAGCCACCCAGCUAUAAGCCCCUUUUCCUGGACCGGGGAUAUGGCUCAGCCCUUCAGCUGCCAAGCUCAACCAGUCGGGGCCCCACUUGCACCAACCUCUACUUGGAAUCAGACCAUUCGCAGCGCAUCUUCCCGAGCUGGACGGACUCUGAACUCAGCACCAGAGACAGCUAUGAGCCUGGGCCCUGGCAUCUGCCUGUCUCAAUGCCUUUGUUUGGCAGGACUACGGCAGUUUAGCAUGCCAUGCCACAAACUGGGGUGGGGGUGGGGACUGCAGGUUGCUGCCUGAACAUUGGGGUCUGGGCAGCUUGUUCCCUUGGCCCGUGGGAGCCACCAAGGCCCCUUAGUCCAAGCCUUCCAGCCAUGUCUGGGCCACAGGCCUUUACAAGGCAAAGAAUCCCCGUUGAUGCUAUUUUGACCUCUCAGCCAGGGCAAGAGUGGGGCUGGUCUCCCCAUCUCACCCUCUUCCCUUUUUCUGGGCCCACUACAGGCUCUGUUGGUGCUGACUGCAAGGGGGGGCCUCUGGCUUGGCCUAAACUUUGUUUCCUAUUUUUUGUUUGUUACAUUUUGACAAUAAUAAAGUUUGUGGAACCUGA